AUGAAGGUCAAAAUCACCUCGCCCAAGCUCUCGCUGGGCUAUAAGCGCAACCGCCGUUGGGGCUGGUCGGGCAAGCCCGCCCCCACGGCUAUGCGCAACCGCGCCACCGCCUUGCUCGACGUCGUGACCGUCAAGAAGGCCGUCGAUGCCUCCACCUCGACCAACCUCUCCAGUCCCACCCUCUGGAACCCCUACAUGACUCCUCCGCGCACGACCGUUCCCAGGGAGCGCUUGACGCGCUCGCCAGCCCCAUCACCCUCCACGGCGUCUGCGGCGCCGACGGCAUGGAUGCAGCCGCCCGAGCCAGCCCUUCGCACCCUCCUCGCCUCGCGCGGCAUCAACCGUGCCGCCACCAACGUUGCCAUCACCCGCGACGAGUGGACGGCUUGCGCCGGCGAAUCCAGCACAGCCGGUGCGGCACGCCUGCUGUCAGUCGAGGCUUGUCUCCUCCGCAAGGACCACCCGACAUGGACGGGGACCAUCCGCCGUGGCAUCAUUGCCGCCGCAGAGUCGGCUUGCGUCCACACCGCAGUGAGCAAGGUUCAAGCUGAGGUGUGUACGCCGCCAAAGACCUCGGCCACGAUGGCCACUUCGCCCUUCUACCAACCUUCCUCGCAGCCGACUUCUCCCGUGUAUCAGCCGCCUUCGGCUUCGCAAUCCACCUCGCCGUUCUUCCAGCCAUCGUCUCACCCCUCUUCGCCCGUGUACCAGCCCCCUUCUCACCCCUCUUCGCCCGUGUACCAGCCCCCUUCUCACCCCUCUUCGCCCGUGUACCAGCCCCCUUCGCACCCCACCUCGCCUGUCACCACAACCCACACUAGCACCAACACCAGCACUGGCAUCACCAUCCCCAUCCCGCCUCGCCUCAUCGGCACGCCGUACGCCGAACUCCCCUCCCCCGUGCCCGGCAUCACACGUGUGCGCCCUCCCUGGACGCGCCCUGGUGGCCCGCUCCCUCCCUUCCUUACCCAGAACGACGUGCCCGCCGACUUUGAGGAGCACCGCUGGAACAUGGCCUACGUCGUGCAUGAGGUGGCCGGGCUUGAGUGGCACGAGGAGUGUCUGUGCAUGGAUUGUGACGACACGGCCCUCUCGCACGCCCAGCACCUGCCCAAGAUCUGGCCCGGCCGUGAGGUUGUCAACCCCUUCCUCGUCGCCUACUUCAACGGCAACUAA